AUGGAAAAUCAUGUCAAAGGCCUUCUUUAAAUUGAUUAAAAUCACCUCAUUAAGGAGACCUUUGUUAAUAUUAACACACCAGUUGUUUGUGGCUUCAAGCAGCACUGUGCAACGGCCGAAAUUCUGACUGGCAAUUUGAUAAUAGAUUGUAUUUAGAUAAACUUGCGACCAUUCUUGAAAGCGGGACGCUUUCUUCCAAUCAUGGAAAAUUCCCGUCGGAAGUGAUCGGUUGAAUAUAGCAGUAAGGGAGGGGUAAGAGUGUCUCCGCCUAUUUUAAGGAGCUUAGAUGGAAUUUUGUCAAGCCCAGUAGCCUUGUUUGUGGCAAUUUUUCUUAACAGGGUGAGGACGUCAUUAAUGGUGAUUUCAUGGAAGCUGAAAGAACUGUUAGUUUGCUUUAUGUAGGUUAGCGGGUCUACAUCUGAAUUAGGAAUUUUAUUAGCUAGGUCUUCGCUGAUUCUGGUCAGGUGAGGAUUAAAAGCCUCAGCGAUAUCAGAUGAGGCCCUGAAUCGAUCAACACCUGUUCCCCUGUCUUAAUUUCUGUGACGCGGUAGAUUUAUUGUUAUCACGUUACUGCAGCUCGUAUAAAAUCCUCCUGUAUUUCCUUUGCUUUUUAACUUUAGCGUUUAAGUUUUCGCUUAAGUAUUUUCUUUUUGUGACUCUUAUAAAAUUAUUGACAUCGUUUCUGGCUUUAUUGAAUUUUAGCGAGGCAACUGGGUCAUUCGUCUUGGCAUGGGUGCGUUUUAGGAAAUCUCUUGCGCAUGCAACGUAAUAAGUUAUAGGUAAUCCAAGGAGAUUUUUUACCCUUGACUCUUUUCCUCCUUAGAGGUGCAUGUUUAUUAAUCAGUAAUGGACAACAAAUGUUCCUUCCACUGUUGCCAGAGUAUAACAGGGUCAUCACGCACUGUAAUGCCCUCCCAUUCUACUUGAUUGAAGUGAGCCAGAAAGUCGGCUUGGUUCAGGAACUUAAGAUACCUAGUUUCAUUAGUUUUGUGAGUACUAGUUCUCAGAUACCCUGCCUUACGAGUCAUGAAGACAAGAGAGUGAGAGUGAUCGAACGAUUGGUGUUCGAUUGGGUUUCGAUUGAAUUUGGUUCGAUUUUGUUCGAUUAGAUACGUCGGAUGAUCAGAGGUCAAUUUCUGAUAGAGCAAAGAUAAGAAACUAAAGGAAAUCACUGUACAGCACAAGACCACAUGAUUACUCCGUGAAAGAAACCAGUGUGCUAAAUCCACACUACGACUUUACCAGUUAAGUACAAAAUAAAGGAGCACUGAGUGACGUAUUAACAAGGGAUAAAUGCCUUACUGAAUACCAAGUCCGCUUUUUCAUAGUUUACGUAGGCUAAAACACGUUUUGUGGAAAGGGUGAGUGAGGCUUAUAAGCUCUUUCACAGUAUUUUCAGUUUUACUACACAAUCAGUGAAUUAGAAUAGAACAGUACUAUAAAUUCACUUUGGUUUAACCUUUGAUCAACAAAAAAAUGGACCUCAGGAACCUGUGGGGGGCUGCGGACGCAUCCGUCGUACCCCCUGCUCUGACUGAUCUUCAUCUUCCUCUGAUCUGGAGCGCCAUUGAUCAGACUGUUUUCAUGCCAAGGUGCUUGUGCUAAGUCACUCACCAGUGCCGAAUCCAGGUGGGGGGGAAUCUCCAAAAAACAUUUUGGUCUGAAAAUAAGGGGAGGGCCCGGAACCCUGGGGCCCCUCUCCUGGAUCUGCCACUGCUCACAGCCCUGCAGGGUCGCACUGCUUGUAACUCCUAGCAAUUACGUACAUAGGUGGGAGGUGGUUUGGCAUCUUCACUGAUUCAGUAGCGCAUAAAUUAAGUAAUGGUCACGAAUUCAUCACACCACUUCCGGCGAUGGAUGCUGAAUUGGACGUCAUCGUCAUAACAUCGAAGAGAAAUUUUGAUGUUGCAGUCACUCUUGUGGGCUAAGUUAUGAGUUGCUUUAUGAACACAAAGGGAUUUUUGCCCCCAUACGUAUUGGGCGCCGUUUGUAAAACAUUAUUAAAGUAAAUUCAUGCUUUUUUUUCAUUAUUUGUAAAUAAUGUUCAGCCAUAAAUAAUUUAUUUAUAAAUAAGGUCAACAGCUACUCACUUAAUGAUAUGUAUAUCGUUAUUUCAGUGUCAAACCUGAUAUAUACAGCUAAAUCCCAGUUGCCUUGGUAAUUGGUUAUUGGUAACUGGACAUUGGGCAUUUGGGCAUAUGGACUGCAACUAUGACUUACUUGAGUGCCACCAAAAUUCCCAAUGCCCAAAGCAACCUUUAUAUAAUACCGCAUGUAUUAUGCAGAUGUUUAAGAAACAAGCAGCAGUCUUCUAUCGGGUAUAAAAUCACGACCGACGGCGAGUGAAUUUUAGACCCGAUAAAACAGGUGCUGAGAGUUUAUUAAACGACUUCAAAAACGUUCCUGGAAAAGCGUGUCUCAAUGGGGUUGAUAGCAAUGACGCUUUUGUGAUUGUUGGAAAUUAGCAUGCGAAAAAGACAUUACGUAUGAAAUUAUUAUG